GGGCGUGGCAGCUGCAGAUAAAGGCAGGACUCAGGCGGAAGUGACCGUCCACACUGCCUGGGGAGCCACGCUGGGUGAUUCACUUCAAGCCUCAAGUCUGUGUCCAGUGAGUGAUUAUUGCUGCUGCCCAUCAGGUCUGAGAUCUCACCUAGCCCCCACUUCACUCCCCAGCUCUUGUCUCUCAGCCUUCAAUGCCAGCCUUCCCACCCUGGGGUGAGGCCAGCUCCAUCAUGCAGCAAGUGGCCCUGAGCCUGCUCCUCCUCCUCGCAGGCCUGCCUGCCCUGGAUGCCAACGACCCGGAAGAUAAAGACAGUCCUUUUUACUACGACUGGCACAGCCUCCGAGUCGGAGGGCUCAUCUGUGCAGGGGUCCUGUGCGCCAUGGGCAUCAUCGUCGUUCUGAGUGGGAAAUGCAAAUGCAAGUUUGGCCAGAAGCCCAGCCACCGACCGGGGGACGCCCCACCACUAGUCACUCCAGGCUCUGCCCAUAACUGUUGAGGAUGGAUCCACGAAAGAACACAGAGGGCCUCUCUCUGUCUCCACGUCCUGGUCUGCAUAGGAACCUAACUCCAGGAUGGAAUUCCCCUCCUGUCCUCAAGACUGCCUUUCCAGACCCCACCUCACUGUCACUGUAAGGUCCUUUUGUUCACAGUUUGAUCUAAAGUGGUCUUGCCUCCAGCCCAAGCA